AUGGCAGCAGAGCAUGGCUCGCAGCGGGUUCCUGGCCACCAGAAGACCCCUGAAGGAGUUGUAUCUCCCGGGAGUGCUGCUGAGGGUCCCACCUUGACCAGAAGAAGGAGCAAGAAGGAGAGGCGACUGCCAGGGUCCCAGAAGGCCAGUUCUGGGAAGCAGUCCUCUGGCCAAGGCUCCGAGGCCUCAGGAAGCAGCAGGAACGCCCCAAAGACCAAAGUGGGGCAGGGCGAGCCACCUUCAGCACCGCCCAGGCAAGCCUCUCACCGACAGUCCCACCGACGUCGUUCUGACCCCCAGGAGGAUGCUGCCCAAAGGACUUAUGGGCCCCUGCUCAACCGCAUCUUCGGAAAGGAUCGGGAACUGUGUCCUGAGGAGCUGGAGGAGCUGCAGGCUGCCUUUGAGGAGUUUGACACUGACCAGGAUGGCUGCAUCGGCUACCGGGAGCUGGGUGACUGCAUGCGGACGCUGGGCUACAUGCCCACGGAGAUGGAGCUCCUGGAAGUGUCGCAGCACGUGAAGAUGCGCAUGGGCGGCUUUGUGGAUUUUGAAGAGUUUGUGGAGCUGAUCAGCCCAAAGCUGAGGGAGGAGACAGCUCACAUGUUGGGUGUACAAGAGCUGCGCAGCGCCUUCCGAGAGUUUGACAAGGACAGGGAUGGACUGAUCACAGUGGCGGAGCUGCGGCAGGCAGCGCCAGCUCUGCUGGGGGAACCACUAGAGGGCACUGAGCUGGAUGAGAUGUUGCGAGACAUGGACCUCAAUGGGGAUGGCACCAUAGACUUUGACGAAUUUGUAAUGAUGCUAUCUACUGGCUGAGGCACCUGCAGGGCGACCUACUGCCCCUGAGGCCCACAAACCUGCGAGAAACCAGACAACCACGCCCUUCCUGAGGCUGGGAGCUCCUCCCCAACUGUAGGCAGCAGCUACCCCUGAGUAGGCCUGCCUCCCGUGUCUGCAGCGCUGUCUUUUCCUCCCACUCCCAAACUGUGGAGGGAAAAAUCCCAGCUGGGUGCAGUUCUCAGCAGAGAACAAGAUUUGAAAUCUCUCCAGGCCCUGGAGAGGUAGGGAGUUCCCCAGCGUUGGCUGCUUUUGAAUAAACCAGGCAGAGUGUAUUGUGGGGAAUUCUUAGGACCUGGUGGAUUGAGAGGGCGGCCAAACCACUUCCCACUACUUGUGUGCAGAAAGUGCUGUUCUGAGAAAUGAACUUGGGCCUGGUAAAAAUGGCUCAGCAGGUAAAAGCUCUUGUCACCAAGUCUGUAUUGGAUCCUUGAUAUUCACAUGGUAGGGGCCGGGCAGUGGUGGCACCCUUCUUUAAUUCUAGCAUUUGGGAGGCAGAGGCAGAGACAGGUAGAUCUUUAUGAGUUCCAGGCUUGGUCUACAGAGUAAGUUCCAGGACAGCCAGGGAUACAGAGAGAAACCCUCUUUGAAAAAAAAAAAAAAAAAAAAAAAAACCAACCCCCCAAACAAACAAAAAAUUCACAUGAUGGAAGGAGAAAACCAACUUCAUAAAGUUCUUUGGCAUGCUCAUGCUCUGUCUAUCCCCACCCCCUGCUGCCCUCCACGCACCCCCGCUGCCCACCACACACCUCCGCCGCCCACCACGCACCCCUUGCCAUAACUGAAAAGUGAACUGGAAUCUGGGUGUGGCAGACCUGCUGGCAAUCUCCGUACAGGAGGCCAAGGCAAGAGGGUAGAAGUUCCAACAGUGAAAGUGCGGGAAAGGAGGGGCUGCUUGGGGACCUCAGUGUGGGAUCUUGGAGGAACUGACACUGGGGGAUUCAGUCCUGGAUUGAGGCUUGGGGGCCUGGACUCUAACACUCCCGAGUGAUAGACCCCCGUUUGAGUCUGGGGGGCGAGGGGAUGAACCACCUGCUUACAUCCAGAGUCUGAAAAGGCAACCCAGCAAAGAGGUCUCAAGGAUGAGAAGGGGCAUGUUGAGGGCGGUCAGGGCCGUGAGUGGAAAAAAGUUUCUUCAGAGGCAAAAGUAACUCAAAGGAAAGAUGUGACCUGGACCUUUUCUAGUGUCGGGGGAAGGGUAGAACGAGUGACAGUGGACUUCACUGAAGCUUAGCCUGGAGGACGAGGGACACAGAAUAUACCAUUACAGAGGAGGCAAGGAGGAAAAUGAAGAAUUUUGAUUUAAACGAGGAGAAGGCUGAGGAAGAGAUAAGUUUUUGGUUGCAGCCUGGCUGGCCUGGAACUCACAGAAACCCUCUUGCCUCUGCCCCACCCCCAAAUGCUGGGAUUAAAGGCACGCGCACCACCCACCCACAGCCGCUACGGAAAUACUUGUUUCUCCUAUGAGUGUGCCUCGAGAGAAUGAGAUGCUGUUUAUUGUGUCUGCGUGUCUGUUCAGAUCGUAGAGAGGUGUCACGGUCAGAGUCAUCUGGGUAAGAUGGGUUAAUCAGCAAGAGGCUAGCUCUGGGCUCUGGGCUGGAGUGUGACUUAGUGGCUGAGUGCCUGCAUAACAUUGGCAAGGUCCUGGGCUUGAGAGCCUCACUAAAAAAGGAAAGAGAGGGAGAGAGAGAGAGAGAGAGAGAGAGAGAGAGAGAGAGAGAGAGAGAGGAGGGCAAGCGAGAUCAGCGAGAUGGCUCAGCGGAUAAAGGUGCCACGCCUGAAGACUGAGUUCAGUCCCUGGGCUCCACAUGCCAUGGGAGAAUGACCCCACAGCUGUCCUCUGACACACACACGUGUGUGAAUCUCUCCUAAAUGAAUGAUGUACCUUUAACAAAGGAAGAAAGCUAAUUGGUUACAUUUCAGCUUUAAGUGAUAUAUACUGGUCAAAGAAUGGAAUUGGAAUUGAAUCUAUUUACUUAUUUUU